GUACCAUCCAGCAUUUUUAAUGUGUUUAGUUGAUAACCGCGGGCCGCGCGCGACGCUCGUGCCUACGCGCAUCCCGCCGACCAACCUCGCGAGAGCUGCGCCUCUUAUCACAUACCAGUUUUAUACGUGUUUUAACUGUGUUUCCCCAAAAAGUGGUUCCCCUGGCUGACUGUUACCAAGUGCAACAAGAACACAUUCGACCCAUACCGAGCGAUCAACUGACACAAACCUGCGGGCCGGAGCCGGUCCAUAAAUCACUAGAAAUAGUGCUUACAAUUGACUCAAGAUAGGGCCGCUAACUGAGUCAAGAUGGCAACUGGGUGGGGCAAGAGGUCAAGAGGCCAGCAACAUUGCCAUACAAGUCACUCCACCCGAUGGCGAAGAAGAUGACGAGUUCGUGCCGACGCUGCGUAUGCGUCGCAAGCUCAGCACGCCGCUCAGCGCGAUGCCCGGAGUAACUGAUGGACUGAUUAGCUUACCAAAUCUGCGCGCUUCGCCAACGCGAGCACUGUCGCCGUUGGACCGGACGAAGCGUCGCUUCAGCACAAUGGUGUCAAGUGCGGCCGCCGCAGCAGUGUCCCGGCGGCUCUCGGCAACUAUCGGCUGGUGUCUCGCCAGCCCCACGCAGGUUAAGCCGCAAAUAGUCCGCCAAGGACGCGCCCUAUGCUUGCAAUACAUAAAGACUCAGAUUAGGAGAUCAACUUUAUGUGCGAAAAAGCAAAUAGUAAUGAAACGUUUACAACGAAUGGUGGAGACAGAGUGUGGGGAGGAGGCUGUGAGCAACUCGGAGUCGGGGGUGCUGGCGGGGCUCCGGGCGCUGUGCGCCGCGCUGGAGAGGAAGCGGCCGGACGCCUUCCGUCACGUCGCGCGGCAGGCCACGCGCGCCCCUUCCGCCAUGCUCCGCUCAGACACAGCACUCGCGGAGCUAGCACUAGCACUAGCGAGACGCAUCACUAGAGAAAAUAUUACCUGGUCUAAGAUAGCAGCUGUAUACUGUGUUUGUGGUGCCCUGGCGAGAGAAGCGGCCGAAGCUGCUGAUGGAGAACCAGCUCUCGAGUUGGUGUCAGCGCCUGCCGCAGCCAUCGCCGACCUGUUACACGAAGAUCCUGGCUCCUGGAUUGCGUCACAUGGUGGAUGGAAUGGUUUAGUGGAGCGACUUCGAGCCAGCGAACGAGACCAGCGAUCUGAAAAGAAUCUUCGAGUGAUGGUGUCUUUCUUCGUGUUCGUGUGUCUGACCCUACUGCUGUUCCGAUGGGUCCUUCACGCACAUCCCGCGUACAACGAGUAGACCUCAUUUUAAUUAGCUAUAGUCUAUAGUAACGUUUAAAAAAAAAGUUGUGACACAACGUUGGCAGGUGAUUAGUUUUAGUCUAGGUGAAAUGAAUAGGCGAGAGGCUAGAGGUGCAUAAUAUUUUUAUUUAUUUAAUCGGUCCCUUCGUCAAACAGAAUCUUUGCCCUUCUCCGAUUCGAUCCAGAGACCGAUAUAUUCCCAAUUUUUUGCACCGCCCAUUACCCAGCCUGUUGGAUAGUAUUUUAUGCAAAAUAAUUUUAUAGAUAGGUAAUAAAUAACAGCGAACAUUUUUUUUUAUUAAAGCUAAAGGUGCUGUUGUUGAAUAAGCGAUCAAAAUAUUUUUUUUUCGUCUAAUGUUUGUUAAAAAUAGUAGGUAUACUUCUAUGUGUAGCUGUGAUACAACAUAAAAAUUACCUUACCUAACUUAAUGUAAAUGGCAAUAGCAAUACGCUAACGCGUCGACCUGACAAUUGCCAGGUCAUGAGUUCGAUGGCCGCCCAUAGAACCCCCUCCAGAUAACAGCUAUUAUUUAGCUUUCAAACCUAUAUCAUAUACCAUUUUACGUAAUACCUAAUUACCUAUUUUCAGAACAACUUAGGUAUCUAUGUGCUGAGUAGAUAAAAGAUUUUGUAAAUAUAUCUGUUGGUAGAUAGAUAAGUAUUACCUAAAUGCAUGUACCUAAACUUUAAUACCUACAUAAAAAUAUCUUCUGUAACACUUAGGUAUUUAAUUGUAUCAUCUACCUAAGUUGAUCAGCAACUUAUUAACGUCUAUUUGUGCCACAAAUGAACAUAAGAUGUUAUGUGAAGUGAAGCUCCAAAGAUGUAAACUCUUAAAUUGUAAGACAUGUCGUAGCCAUAUUGUCUAAAUUAUUUAUUACCAAAACUUUAUCCACAGCAGAAUAAUCUUAUUAAGUAAUUUGUAAGUAGCCUGAAAAAAAAAUAUAAGUAAUAUUUUUGAUGUUUC